UGGUGGUGUGGUGAGGUUUGUGUAGAGGGGGUGGGGGGGCAUUGUAGUGGGGGUGGCUGGGUGGGAAGCUAAAAAAAAGCGCUUGUGACUGUGCCGGUGGAGCUAGCCAGCUUUAACCUUAACACACAUCCACCAUACACGCCGUGUGCCGGAUUUGAGACUGCAAAAGGGAAAAGCGACAGAGAGUAAGUGCAAGGCAGAGCGAGAGUGUCGAGGACAAGGGAGUCGAGGAGAGAACUGCCCGAUAUUGGCCAAAGGGGCAGCAUUUCUCCAUCUAGUUCCGGUUUCUCUCACUCCUUGUCUCUGCUUUCAGCGAUCUAGGACUUUAACAAAAGGCAGCCACCGAUAGGCAUAAAGGACAUACUUUCCAAAAGGACUCGUUUUAAUGCAUGCUAAUCAUGAGCUCAUAUUUUGUCAACCCUUUAUUCUCCAAGUACAAAGGUGGCGAGUCACUGGAGCCAACUUACUACGACUGCAGGUUCCCUCAAAGCGUCGCCCGUAGCCACACGCUUGUCUACGGACCAGGAGCAACUGCGCCGGGUUUUCAACACCCGACUCAUCACGUCCAGGAUUUUUUCCAUCACGGGGCAACGGGCAUCUCGAACCCGGGAUACCAACAGAACCCGUGUGCUCUGGCGUGCCAUGGAGACGCAACGAAAUUUUAUGGAUAUGAGGCCAUUCCGAGGCAGCCGCUUUAUGGUACCCAGCAAGAAACGAGUUUAACGCAAUACCCUGACUGUAAAUCCAGCAGCUCUAACCCUGGAGAAGGACAAGGCCACUUAAAUCAAAACUCGUCUCCCAGUCUCGUGUUCCCUUGGAUGAGACCCCACGCCCCUGGGAGACGCAAUGGAAGACAGACGUACAGCCGCUACCAGACUCUGGAACUGGAGAAAGAGUUUCUUUUCAAUCCUUACCUCACACGCAAGCGGAGAAUCGAAGUGUCCCAUGCCCUAAGUCUCACCGAGCGGCAAGUCAAAAUAUGGUUCCAGAACCGGAGGAUGAAAUGGAAAAAAGAGAACAACAAAGACAAGUUUCCGGGUCAGAGGGGAGAGACCGAGCCUGAGGAGGAGGGCAACGAGGACGGUGAAGUGGACGAAGGGGACGACAAGGAAACGGAAGAGAAAGAGGAGACGAAGGAGACGAAGGAGACGAAGGAGUGAUUUUAUGGUCUUUUAUGGUUAUACGGCCGAGGGUCUCACGAAAAGGUGAUGAGAGGGAAAGGGGGCGAGAGAAAAGCGCUAGUUUUAUGACUAUGAUUUCAGUCAGAACACAGAGAAUCACAAUCUAUCCCAAUACAACCAAGGAAACGAACUUUUAGAUGGAAGUAGACUGCAGUGAAGGAAACAUGACUUACCCAAGCCUUAGGUUACUUAAUCAUAUAACCUUGUUUUGGAGGUCUAGGGCGUUAUCAACACGUUUAGAGACUAAAUCGCAUGAUAAACAGGGGCUCUAGUUCCAAUAUUUUUUUUCCAUAUUUCAAACUUGAUGAAGUGUAACCAACAACAAAGUUGUGUGUUUUGGCCAAAAUAAUUAGGCUACUGAUUGUCCUUCAGCUGAGGGUUUUGUAAAUUAGUCACAAUUCAUGUUCAGUUCAGACAUGAUAAAAGAAUAAUGAAAAAGGAAUGGAUAAAUCACUUUGGCAAUUAUAUGGCAACCCAGCAGAUAGUUUUAUAAAAGAUACACACAUUGUUAUAUUAUUAUUACAUAUUUUUAUUAUUAUUAUCAUUAUUAUCAUUAUUAAUAGUAUUGCUGUUGUUGUUGUUGUUGACAAUAGCGCAUUCAUCAAUUAUUUGAUUUUACCUACAUAAUUGUAAUCCUUUCAAAUUCCUGAAGAUGCUACCUAAGCCUGGGAAACUUGCAAUAUAGAUUUCUCGACAGACACUUCCUUGAGAUAUGUUUUUAACACUUAUUUUAUUUUGUAGGCCAAUAAUUUACCCAAUAAUGACUCCUUUGUAUGUCUUCAGAAGACAUUAGCUCAAAGCCAAGCUGAGAUAUUACAGAGAAUAUACCAAGCACUACCUAAAGGCCUUUGCCUGAUGAUAAUUUGUAUUCCAAUUAUUGGCUCUUCUUUGUUUCAGUAUCACACUUACAAAUUUCCCCAACAACUUAAACUGCCUAUAGAAAACGCACAUUUAUAUCACCAUUCAUGCAACAAUUAUUCUAUAUUAUUAAGGAGUGGUAUUUUAAUGUGCUGGUGAUAAUAGCUUAGAUUUUCGAUUGCACUGAAUAUAAUCUUUAUGUAUGUCUUGUAAUAUCUUACUGUUAACGAUAUGCUCGUUUUGCUGGUGUUUCUCAUGUGAAAAUACAGAAAUGUGUGUCCACGCCAUUGUUAUUGGCAUAAAAGAAAAAUAAACAAAAUGGCUAAUCUGA